AGAUGUUCCGUCUAAACUGUAAUGGAUUUUGUAUCAUUAUCUUUUCUACGACACGUGCUUCAUAUUUAUAAAUUACACAUAAUAUUUAUGUUUUUGAAAAUAUAAGAUUAAUAUUUAUUUUCUAUUUAACUUAAGCUGUUGUUGUAAGUGUUCAACUUUAGUAUGGGAUACCAAAAAGCUAACAAAACCAAAAAUCGAAGAGCUUUAUCGAAGUGGAAGCAAGAAAAAAAAAAAAAAGCUCUAACUUCUGCUGCUGAAAGUAAAAAAAUUAUCGAACAACAAAAAGUAGAACCGAAAGCAGAACCGUUGUCAUUAACAGAAACGUUGGCUGAGUUUGUUAAAAAAACUGAAUCCAAACAAGCUAAUUUCAUUGAAAGUGAAGAAACUGAAGAGUCUGGUUACAAAAAUGUUGUUAAAUUAGAUAAUAAGACUUUCAAAGAUGAAUUUAGAAAAGUGGUUAACGCUGCUGAUGUAGUUUUGGAGGUUGUAGAUGCCAGGGACCCACUCGGUACACGUUGUGGCCGUGUUAUGGAAUCCACCCAAGAAUUAGGAAAAAAACUUGUUGUGGUGAUGAACAAAACUGAUUUGGUGCCCGCUGAAGUAGUACGAAAUUGGUUAUCCUACUUCAGAAAACAUAUGGGCAUACCAGCUUUACCGUUUAAAGCUAGUACUCAACAAGCCGGUUCUAAAAUUGGCCACAGAAAAAUGAACAAAUGUAAAAAGGAUGCUGAAAAAGCUAUAAGCCUUUGUGUUGGUGCAGAACUUGUAAUGACCCUUUUAGCCAAUUAUUGCCGUAGUGACAAAAUGAAAACGUCAAUCGUUGUUGGUGUUGUAGGUAUGCCAAAUGUUGGUAAAAGCAGUUUAAUUAAUAGUUUGAAGAGAGCUAGGGCAUGUCAAGUCGGUGCUGUUCCUGGUGUGACAAAGAACAUGCAAGAAAUUCAACUGGAUAAACAUAUCAAAUUAUUGGACUGUCCUGGAGUGGUUUUAGAUAGAGCGUCUACCACAGACAGUGUAGCAUUAAAAAAUGUUGUUAGUUCUGGAAAUAUCGAGGACCCUAUCACCUGUGCUUCCACCAUUGUAGGACGUGUAACGAAAGAUCAGAUGCUGAAGUUGUAUGGAAUUGGCAAGUACGAUUCUUGUGAACAUUUUUUGUACUUAAAAGCAAGAAGAUUUGGAAAUAUUGGCCGCGGUGGUAUCCCUGAUAUUUUUACAUCGGCACGAAGCUUAGUUGAAGACUGGAAUCGAGGUAAAAUUAGAUACCACACCUUACCGCCAGAGAGCCAUUCAGUACAUUUGAGUGCUAAAAUUGUUGGAGGCGAUUCUGAUGUUUUCAAUUUAGAAAACAUACAACGAGUCGAAACUGAAUUUAUGGAGGAACUUGAAAAACUUCAACCAAACAUAUCGUGUGAAGGAAUUGAAACGGAAAAGAUGGAUGUAGAUGGAAAAGAAAUGGUAAUUGUGGAUGAUGUACCAGCUAAAAAAUCUGGAAAACUUCGUUGGAGAAAAAAGAAGAAAUCCGAACAACUAGAUACUAAAAUUAAUAUACAACCUGGAGUGUUAAGAUUAAAAAAACUCCAAAAGACAAAUGCAAAAAAACAACGAAAAGUAGCAGCUAGAUUAAUAAAAUGUGAAGAAAAAUUAAUGAACAUUGAUUUGUAAAUAAAUGAAAUUCAGUUUUUAAA